UUUGCAUUUGAAUUGUGGUUUCACAAUGAUCAUUGACAUUGUACUUAUGUGCCUAUUUUUUUCCUUGGCGAAAGGGCAGUGCAUUCGGUGCAGCACAGGCUUUCGCCUGUAACAGGACUCGCUAGCAUGAGUUGCUCAACUUACUUUUCGGUUUUUGCCUUGAGAUUUGGCGGAAUUUCUGACAAAUCGGAACAACGAAAUCAAAAAAUACCGUGCUUACUGCUUAGCGAAUCCAGAUAGUCGGUGAUACAGUUUAUAUGUGAAAAAAUUUGACAUGGGGUGUCAAACCCCCUAAAAUCGAAAAAUUUUGCCUCGCGCAAAAACUUCUGGAAAAAUGGGUAGUCAAAUUCCAAAAAUUAUUGCCGGUUGACAUACCCCCCCAUAUUACGCCCCUGGACUUUAUUGUUCUUAUACUAACUAAUAUUAAGAAAUUCUGCCUACCUAAUUUAAUAAGUUCUUGUUCUUCGAUAAUCGUAAUUCGUUAGCCUUUCCGUAAUUUUGUUAAAUUUUUGCCUCCUUUUUUGUAAAUCUUUCGCAUAAUCGCAUUCAAGUUGUCUCGCAUUCAAAUUCAUUCAAGGGGCCGAGGGGUUCCAGCGGCCUAUGGAUGUCUGUACGUGCGCGGCUGUACCUGUAUGAAGGAUAAACGGGAUUAGUGGUCACUGGUCCAAAUUGGACAAGGCUUAGAGUCUUUGACUUUAAUGUUAUUUGGAUGGCUCUUUCACAAACUGCUUAACCCCUUCUGGUUUUUGGAGGGAAAACGAUGCACCUGGAUAACUGUUUAUGGAAAUCCUUCUGCGCGGAACUCUCGACGGAUUUGGCCCUUAUGAUGGGAUAGCCCUUAUGAUCUUUGGGUUUCGACGAUCGUGUGCUCGAGACAUAUUGCCCAUUCUUUUCCGUUUGAGGAACUUUUGUGUUGAAAAAUGGCAAUAAUUUUGUUUAUUGUGGACAAUUCGAUCUCCAUGUGCCAGAAGACGUAUUUUGGUUGCUCCUUACUGGAUGUGGCGAAAAAGGCUUUGGAAACGUUUCUUAAAUUUCGUGCGAGGGAUUUCAACCACAGGCUAGACCGAAUCAUGCUGAUGAAUUUCGACGAUCCGCCCACGCAUCUGAAGGUCGGAUGGAGGGAAUCUCUUGUGAUAUUCCAAAAUGAAGUGAAAAAUAUGCAAGCCACUGCAGUAUCAAAUGGAUCUCAGAUCAUCUCCUCUGCCUUUGAAAUGCUGAAUGUCAAUCGGUUGCAAAGCGGUAUCGAUACGUACGGACAAGGUCGAAAUCCUUUUUUCGUUGAGUCCGCCGUGAUCAUUCUCCUGACCGAUGGUCAUUCCUUUUCCUCCACUUCAGAUCUGAAUAUUGCAAUCAACAAUCGCAUUCCCGGAAUGGAGCUGACCAAAGAGCCUUACCGAUGGGAUCAGCGAUUUUUUAGUGUUGUCUUCCGAAUACCGGGAGUUCGGAGUGACGACAAGUUAUCCCCGGACGAUCUGCCUCGUGACAACUCUGUUUUGGAAGGCUUUAGCAGCAUGACAGGAGGCCGCUCAUUUCUGGUGGAUUCUGUGAAAGCCAUCGAUCUUGUUAUGCUGAAAAUUGCCGACAGCAUGCAGAUCGGAGUAAUGGUCCGUCUAGAGCCGCUAGAAGAGCACAAUUUUACCAGUACAUCCAUAGCUGUCAACAAAAUGAUCUACCUGCCGCGCAACCCUCAGAAGGCUCACGCUACUGGACACUGGCCAUUGCCUGAAGGUUUCUGGCCUGAUAAUAAGACUCUCCCUCCCCCGCGAACGGCUCACCCCGUUUUAAAAUAUCGACCCUGUAUGGAAGACGUUCCAAAUUUUCCCUUAUUGGGUGAUAGUAGCUUUCCAGUAGACCGAUACGAAGUUGAAAGUUCUCCGUUAACUCAGGAAAUUGCCGAGAAGUCAGAACGUUUCAAGCACUGGCAGGUAUACGUUGAUGCUGAUCAUUUGGACAGCGGCACAAUCCAUCAAAUGUGUGGAUACCUUGCAGUGCAGCCUACUGGUCCAGAAAAUGCACCGGUAUUAACGUUAAGCGUUUUGCCAAUCGAUUAUCCCCGACUUUUUGACCUUUUUGAAAAAUUCGGACGUAAUCCAAACAGAAAAGAAUGGAAGAGUCAGUUCGAUGCUUAUGUGCAGUCGAUCCCGGGGUAUUCCGUCGCGGCUCUUCGGAGGUAUUUGCUCAAAGUUAACUUACAUACGCUCGUCCCGGAAACGUUCGACCAGCCAAGCUUUGAUCUGCAGAAUUAUUUGAAGAGAGUGAAAACUCAAGCAAAGCUAAUAUUUGAUUCUACUCAAGCCUUUUUUAAUUUACCACCUGCCGUACCGGAAUUAAUUCCUGUGAUUCAGAGAAGCUGGAAAAAUUUUACCAAGCGUGAUGUGAUGAGCGGUGAUGAACGUGAUCUGUCGGGCCAAAAAGACGCGUUUGAUGUGCUUCUUGCCAAGAGUAUCGCUGAACAAAAUGAAAGCGAAGCAGCUACCUUUAAAAUGCAUUUGCGGCCACCUACCGUCCUUCUUCAAAGAGCCAAUAUUGUCCUACAUAGAAAUCCGUUCGACGUCGAACGUGAAGAUUUAGUAAGCCAUAUAGGCCAUUUAAAAUUUUCUCUGCUGUAUCCCGAUCGUUGGAAAGGCACCGAAAAUUCAGACAAAUCUAUUCCCAUUGCCCAGAUGGGCAACUACCAAGACCACAUAAAAAAUGCUGUCCCACCUCUCAGAGAGAUUGAUGAUACUCUUAAGGUUGAACGGCAAAAUGUGUUUGGAAAUCCGUUUGUUAAUAAGAAAAAGCAGCGGUCGAUGUCCCUUUCUGUGCCCGGUGGGAUGGGUGGUAUGGUUGACGAAGCUGAUAUAGAUAUGACCGGCGCAAGUGGUAUGUCACGGCAACGUCGCGGUUUAUCGGAACCCAGGGAUUUCGCUCCUUCAAUCCAGAUAUCCAAAGUGCGAAGUCGAAGUAGCACCCCUGCCGGCUUAAGCUCGCCUGUUAAGAGCACACGACACGAACCGGAACCCGAGGCAACAGCGAAAACAUCUUCGACUUCGCCUGUUGAACCUCCAGCCACCCCACCUUCUCCUAAAAGGCGUUUAUACAUGGUUCCUCCCGAGCCAUUAGCACCAUCCAACUCCUUGGAAGAAAUGGCGGUAGAUAAUGACGCACCUACCGACCUUCCACUCGCGCCAGUGACAAACGGCAUCACUGAUGAGAAUAACGAAGUAAUGGAUGAGCAGACUCUGGAUGAUGAUAUUGUUCAACAAUGCAGACUUCGAGCUUUGAAAGCAAUUAAAACACCUGGUCGAAAUUUCAAGCCAAUUCUUGAUAUGAUAAAUGAAUUGAACGGGAAUAUGCAUUUACGGAAAGCUGUAGUUGAUAAGAUUAUUGUCGAAGCCGGACGAUUUCGACGGGAGAGCCUUAUCAGUCUUUUGAAAGAGACCUAUGCGCUGUGAUAAGGAGCAGUUGUUUUUGCCUUCGUUUUAGAUAGCAUGAUAAUGCCAGUCGUUUCAUCAAUUUUUUGAAGUUUUCUAAAGCGGAAACACUGAUUGGCGCUGUUUACUUAAUAUGCCACGUUUAUUAAUUUAUAUAGGGGCGUUUGGUGUCGCCCCUUAUAUUUGUAAUUUUUCAGUGAGGUGCUGUGCUAGUACUACACCUGUGAAGACAUGAAUAAACGUCAGAGAGGAGUUG